AUGUUUCAGCUCCUGCAGUCUGCCUAUUCUACAAUAAGCAUCCAAGACACAGCUCUCUUCCUUGGAAUGAGCGAGGAUGAUGCCACAACUUUUGUACAACAGCAAGGUUGGGCUGUGGACUCUGCUUCUCAAAUGCUUACUGUGAAGAAGCAGCCCAUUGUUACAGAGCAGAAACUGGAUGCCAGUAAAUUGCAGAACUUGACAGAAUAUGUAUUCCAUCUAGAGCAUUGA